AUGCCAAUUUCAUAUUCAUAUUCACUCUCAUCAUCUUUCAUUCUUCCAAAACUAAACCCAAACCUCCGUCCAAUCCAAACCCAAUUCCGAACCCAAAAUAACCGCCAAUUCCCGAACCUAAAAAUCCAAAGCUCCAUCCGAACCAACCACACAAUACAGUUUCUAAAACCGCAUCUAAUUUCACAACAGAAACCAAUCCUCUUCGGUUGGCUCUGCAGUGCUAUCUCCGUCUAUUCACUCUCCAACCUUCUCUCGAAAUUCUCCGCCAUCACCACCGCCACAACCAUCGUCGAUGUUUCACAGGGAUUCGCCCUCGGCGGUUUGGUUCUUGUUCGGUUGAUUGCCACGUAUGCGCAGCAUGCGCUUCUUUGGGAAGCUUCUCUUAAUGCGGUUUGCGAUGUUCGCGUUCACGUUUUCGAUCGUGUUCUUCAGAGGGAACUUGCUUAUUUCGAAGCCAACGACGCCGUUUCCACUGGGGAUAUCGCUUAUAGGAUUACUGCUGAAGCUUCCGAUCUUGCCCUCACCUUAUACGCUCUUCUUAAUACCAUAGUACCUAGUUCUCUGCAAUUGUCUGCAAUGGCAAUGCAUAUGUUGGCUAUAAGUCCAGUCCUUUCUUUGAUUUCAGCCAUGGUUAUUCCUUGUAUGGUUCUAGUUGUCGCCUUUCUUGGUCAAGAACUUCGCAAGAUAUCUAAAAAGGCACAUCUUAGUGUUGCUGCUCUCUCAGCAUAUCUAAAUGAGAUGCUGCCCACGAUUCUCUUUGUGAAAUCAAACAAUGCGGAGUUGCUUGAGAGUGCCAGGUUUAGGAGACUGGCCCUGAUUGACAAUUCUGCAAAGCUGAACAAAAAAAGGAUGAAAGCAGUCAUUCCCCUGGUUAUACAGGCUGUUUACUUUGGAGUUCUUUCCAUAAUUUGCGCAGGUUCGGUGGUUAUUUCAAAAGGUUCAUUUGAUCGGUGUAGCUUGGUUUCAUUCGUGACUUCAUUGCUUUUCUUGAUCGAGCCUAUUCAGGAUGUAGGAAAAGCUUACAAUGAAUGGAGGCAGGGAGAACCAGCUAUUGAACGCCUGUUUGCUAUGACCAGGUUCAAAAAUAAGGUAGUUGAGAAACCAGAUGCUGUUGAUUUGGACCAUGUUACAGGGGACCUGAAAUUUUGUGAUGUAUCCUUUAAGUAUAAUGAUGGCUUGCCUUUAAUCUUAAAUGGAUUGAAUCUUCACGUUCGGACAGGGGAAAUAGUUGCUAUCGUAGGUCCGUCUGGGGGAGGGAAAACAACACUUGCAAAACUGUUGCUUCGGCUUUAUGAUCCUAUAUCUGGUUCUAUACUGAUUGAUAACCAAAAUAUCCAAGACAUUCGUUUGCGGAGUUUAAGAAGACACGUCGGUGUAGUUUCUCAAGAUAUAACACUUUUUUCAGGUACAGUUGCUGAAAACAUUGGUUAUAGGGAUCUGACAACAAAAAUUGACAUGGAGAAAGUGAAACGGGUAGCUCAAACUGCUUAUGCAGAUGAGUUUAUUAGAAAACUUCCAGAAGGUUACAAAACCAAUAUUGGACCAAGGGGCUCAACUUUAAGCGGAGGCCAGAGGCAAAGGCUGGCUAUUGCAAGGGCUUUCUAUCAAAACUCUAAUAUUUUAAUUCUUGACGAAGCAACUUCUGCCUUAGAUAGUAAAUCUGAGUUAUUAGUUAGGCAAGCUGUGGAGCGACUAAUGGAGAAUCGCACGGUGCUUGUGAUUUCGCAUCGCUUGGAAACCGUUAUGAUGGCGAAACGAAUAUUCCUUUUGGAUAAUGAAAAGCUAGAAGAGCUGCCUCGAUCAACUAUGUUGAACGGUCACAUGGAUUCAAUGCUAUCAUCUGGGCGUAUUGUUUGA